UAAACGGAAGUUGUGGCUAAAUAUAAUGAAAAUGACAAGCGCCGGAUAUGAAACUAAAAUCAAAAUUAAACGUUAUUAAAAUUGUUUUCAAUUGAAAAAUUUAUAGUAGAAAAAAAUUAUUUGUGUAGAAAACAUAAAGUUGAUUUAUAAAAUCGAAUGUGGGAAGAAUGUCAAUAAUGAAAUUUAAAAGAAGAAAUCAAUUAUUUAGGAAAAAAGGAAAUGUGUUUUAAAGAUGCAAAUGUUUGAAUAAAGCGAAAAUUUCUUAAAUAAAAUGAAAAGUUCCUUGGUAAUUGAGUGGCUUAAUCUGGAGAGUCCGGUAAUAAAGGCUGAAUCACCACUACUUCCCAUCAAAGAGCACAGUUUAACGGAAACCAAUAAUAACGAUAAUAAUACAACAGCGACAGCAUCACCAACACCACCUACACUUACCACCACAACAACUCCAGAUAGUGAUAAGAAUACCUCAAUUAACAUAUCACAAAAUAGAUUAUCAGCAGAACUGCCGGUAGCAACACCGAAUGAUUUAAGUCCCUCCUUUAGUGGCGGUCGUAAACGUUUCUCCAUACCCUCCCUGCUUCCAAUAUCACGAAAACUUUCCAUCGAAAGUAUAACCCACCCGCUUCAAACACUCUUGGGCAUUAGUGAAGAGCAAUGUCAGCGACGCAAUUCACAGCCAAAUCUUAAGCGUUACCGUAGUCGAGACGAUACAGCACGUCGUAGUCGCUGCUAUUCAAAUCAAUUUUAUACGAAAACCUCCACCACUUCACCGUCACGUAAACAUUCACACAAUUAUAAUCUCUAUCCCAAGGAUUCGUUUUAUAAUCUAGAAGGUAAGGCUCCCAAGCCCUCCAGUAAAAUGCAAGCCAAAGUUGAUGCUGUCGGCCGGGUUACCGGCGAAUGGGGCAAAUGGCAAUUGCGCACAGUGCUCUUAAUAUUUUUAUGUAAAAUUCCCUCUUCCUGGUUUAUGGCCUGUAUUAUAUUUACCGCUCCAGCUCCGCGUCAUGGUGAGUUCUUUUGUAAACCACCUCCCCAGAUAGGUGCCAAAAAUCAAACGGCCUGGAUUAAAGUAUCUCAUCCGCAAAAAGAAGAAGCUGAGGAUCAAGAGUUUUCUAUAGAUUUCUGUAAUGUUUAUAAAGAUGCUCAGGAACAUGCCCAUCAUUACUAUAACUAUGAGCGGGAGGAAGACGAACCUAGAGUUUGGCUGGAACCGGAAAAUAAUAAAGAUGUUAUACCCUGUACACAAUUUGAACAUAAAGCGGAAUUUCAUUCGGUAAUAACACAAUAUGAUCUGGUAUGUUCGCGAGAUAUUCUGGUGUCGGUGACGCAGUUCUUCCAUUUGUUUGGUGUACUAACGGGCGGUAUACUGGCGAAUCAUUUGUUGAAAUAUUUUAGUCCCCGAAUGGUAAUGCUCUUUGGUAUGGUUACGCAAAUCUUUUGCGGUACCCUAACGGGUCAUGUGGCCUCAUAUGAAUUGCAUGUCUUCUUCCGUUGUCUAUCGGCUGUGUGUUGUGCUCAAAUGUAUACCGCUGGCGGCAUGAUUAUGGCCGAUAUAACGGGUGGUACUUACAAGACCUGUGUCUCAACAUUAUUUGAACAGUUUUGGUCUAUAGGCGUGAUAAUGUUACCGGGUGUGGCUAGUUUCUUUUCGAGUUGGUCUCACUUAUAUAUGGCCAUUUCAUGUCCCACUGUGAUACUCAUAUAUUUAUGGCAAUGGAUUCCCGAUUCUCCCCGUUGGAUGGUAGCUAGAGGAAGAGUUUUAGAAGCCAAACGGAUAUUAAUAAAGUGUGCUGAAAUGAACGGUACUCGUUAUAGUCUUCCUCAUGAUAUCGAUCAGCAAUUACAGUUACAGGCUCAAACGGCCAUGGAUGCUCCACCACCAGCCAGCUGGUGGACCAUAUGGAAGGGUGAAAAGGCUGUUAGACACAUGAUUUGCGUACACUUAUGCUGGUCCAUUUAUAUUGUAGUCUAUUAUGGAAUGUUAUUGAAUAUACGCUCAUUUAGUCGUGAUCAUUUACAAUUUAAUACUGUGAUAGCCGGUAUUUCAGAAAUUAUCGGUACAUUUAUUGGUCUAUUCCUGAUAUUGAAAACGACACGCAAAUGGGUGUGGACGGGUUUGUUUAAUAUAGUAGCGGGUUGUAUAGCAUAUAUGGGUUGGCUGGUGCCGCAUGAUAUUGAUUUUGAUGGUCGUGUGGCAUUAUUAAUGUUAACCGCCAUGAUUUCGAAAAUUGCCAUUUCCUGUACCUUAGCCAUACUCACCACCUGCACUGUGGAGCUGGUAAGCAAUGAGAAAAAGAAAAUCUGCGCCUUUUCCACCAUUUGUUGGGCCCGUUUUUGGCUUUUAGGUGCUCCGUUUAUAGGAGCCACCGUUGUCUUUGGCCAACUGAUACCACAAACCGCUUUUGCCUCUUUAGCUAUUACGGGAGGCUUUUUAAGUACACUUAUCUCUAGUCCACGCACCAUACCCAAGAAACAUAGUUCUCAAGUUACCAAUAAUAUGGCCGCCGCCACACAAAUGCCCAACGAGGGAGGUAUUGAUAAUAAGGCUUACACCAAGGGACCUAUAUUUAAUAAUAUUAGCGCUAAAAUGACCACACAACAAACUAAUCUACCUCCACAAUUAAUGCCUGGUAUUUGGACAACUAAAAAUCAUGAAGAAACUCCACCUAUAUGAUUAACUAAUUUCCUAAGCCUUACCAUGCCCCCUCCCCUUUCCCCUUAAAGCUUUUCUUUUUGAGUUAAAUUUUCUUCUUAUAUCAAUCAAUCAAAAAUUAUCUAUUUAAAGCACCAGAUUCCACCCUAAGAAUCUCAAAAAUAUAACGGGUAUUUUAGAAUAAAUUUAAUUCUAUUAGCAAAACAAACAAACAAAAAAAUAGUAAAACAACUUAAAAAAACUUAGUAGAGCUUUAAGCUUUUUUUUUAAAAAAAAGAGUAUAAUUACCAAAAAAUUAUAUAAAAAUAAUUUUAAUUAAAAAUUUCUUACGUUCAAUUAAGUAGCUGUAAUCAACAAACAAACAAACUAAAAAAUCGGUCAGUUUUUGUUAAGCUUUAUAGGACCACUUAACUGAAAUUCGAAUAUAUUAUAUUUCGAAUAUAAAUAUUACAAUUUUUCCCCUUAGAUAAACUCCAGUUUAUAAUUAUUAUUAUGAUUAUUAUUCCUUAGACAAAUU